UCGGCCGGUUUCAUCGCGGGGCCGCGUUCGACGCGGAAACGCGUAUUAAUAGUUCGGUGGAAAUGGAAUCUAGGUGAGGAACGGGUGAGAAACAGAGACUGGCGAGCUGUUAUGCGGCGUGGGUGAGACGGAUUCGCGCCGGAUUCGACUCGAUGUCCGCCAAUUUAUAGUCGGAUAAGGCCGAUCGAUCGCGGUUUCGCCUUUCGCGAAACGUGUUUCCAACGGGUGAAUUUCGGAAACGGGGCGAUCCACCGCGUUUCCACGCGUCCACGACGGGGUGGAUCAAGUUGUUAACGCGCUAUUCCUUGCUUGCCCGACGAUCUCCGCUCCCAUCGUUUCGCCUUUCGUGUUCGUGUUUCAAUUGUACCAAGUGAAAAGGAAAAGGAAAGGAAAAGGAAAGUUCUUGAUAUGAUUCGUGUUUGGGCUGGAAAUAAUUGGAAAGAUGGAACCAUGUGUCCCCAGCGUGUGUCACCAACCACUAUAAACUUCAGAAGGCUGCAAUUACUUCACUUUGCACUUUUUCAACCAACAUCGUUUAAAGUGAAACCAUGCUGCGUCUUUCAAGGAUUAGAAGACUGGGGGAUUAUUGAGAAGAAAAGAGGAAAAUUGUGGAGGAACUUCAGUGGCCUGCAAUUGAUCGUACGACGGGGGAAACAAUGUACGUGGAUCGAGAAAGGAAUAACAAGAAAAAGUUGAAACAGGUUGUGGAGCACCAAAGAAAAGAGAAGAAAAGAAAAAAAAAGAAGAAGGAAAAAAGUCCUAAUGGGAAAGAACAAAUUUACCAAGAAGGGAGAGGCAAAAGUGAGCCACGAGUUACAAAGGAUAUUAUAAGGAUGGGCAAUUCAACGAACAUUCACGCGUGUUCGAGCAACGACAAAAAUCAAAACUCGCGUCUGGCAUCGAUUUAAAAUCGGAUGGAGCCACUUUACGGAUCGAUGGAAAAAUUUUUCGACGAAACGCUUGAACGCUCGGCAAAUCUGUAACGAACAUUCAAGCUCGAUAAAGAACCGACGGGAAGGGAAUGUCGACGGAUUGAUGAAUUAAUAAAAAAAAAAAAAAAAAGGAAACAGGAAAAAAGAAGGAGAGAGAAACAGAGAGAGAGAGAGAGAGAAGAGAAAACAAAAAAAUAGAGGGAAGAAAAAUGCAGCCAGUCGGACUCGUGACGGAGCGAAUCAAGCUCUGAGAUCGCGUUUCCCUUUGUUUAUUCGUUCUUUGUCUAUUCAUUCACUCGCUCUUUUCAGGUUUGCCUACUAAUGGAAGAGCAGUUGAGAGUGUGUCAGUGAAACAGGUCGAUGUUCUGUCCGACGGGCCUGAAUUGAAUCCAUAGUUCGUCGUAAUAAUAAAAAGAAAACGAAAAAAAAAAAAAAAACAAAAAAAUAAAGAAAAAAAAACGAAAAAAGAACAUGGGAUUCCAUUUGCUUGGCAACUGGUACGACUGGCAGAAGGAGAAAUCAUUACCACGAUAUGACCUGCAUGCCAAGUUUUUCGCCUGUUUGCUUUAGUCCUGUGGUCGCGAUCCAUCAUCCUCUCCAUCCCGGUUUAUCUUUCAACGAACCCCAUUAUACCACCAUGAUCGAGUUCCUAAGAUAUUUUUCGGGGAUAAGAACCCGUUCUCAAGCGAUCGGUUCUCCGAGUCUUGAAAGUGGAUUUUGUUUGAUGAGGAUAUUACAUCAAAGUUUUACGCCAAUAUCGUAGAACUUUUUGUUUCUCUCCUAGAUUAUAUACGUAAUUUCCUUACGUAUAUAAAUUGUUUUUGAAAAUUGAUUGUUCAAUAUAUAUAUACAUAUGUAUAAAAUUUCUAUAUAUACACCAACAAAUUUGAAAUUUGAAACGAAAAUAGUAUAAACUUUGGGCUUGUUGAAAUAAUAAAAUUAGAUUAUUGAUGUACGUCGCUGGCUAUAAUAUAGUGCCUCUGUCAAUUAUGAUACAAUAGGUUCGAGAAGCGCAUUAUAAUAAAUCAUACUUGAUCACAGCUCGUUAAAGCAAAUUCCCAUUAGAGUUCAUUCAGUUGUAAUCCCCUAAACCGAAUAGUUUUGGUCAUUUAAACUCCUAAAGAAAAUUGCAUCGAAUCUCUCCAUUCAAAAUUCCGAAACGAAGAAAUAUGAAAAUGGCAAAACUCACUUAUUCAUCCAAAUCCUUUUAUCCGAAAUAAUCAUACCACUUCGAAAAAAGAAAAGAGACAAUUCCAAAAAUCUUUCUACGAAAACCCGUAAACGCGCCCCUUUAAACGCUUCCCACGAUCCACGAGACGAGAAUUUCGCAAUAUAAUCGCAUCUCUGCUCCGCGCAUCAUCAAUCAGUCACCUGAACACAGCCACGUGCACCAACUAUCCUCGAAUAAAGGGUCUGUUAUUGCUCCUCGAUUUACCUACCCACCCUUGGUGAUUCGCGAGGGGUCGCCGACACUGAAUUGCCAGCUUCCACGCGGCUGCUUCCACGUCUCGAGUGGCGUGGCUCUCUUACCUCCGGGGGGUUAAAAGGGCUAGGAGGAAUCUUUGAGCAGGAGGAGAACAUGGAAGGGUGAGAUAUAUAUAUAUAUCGACUUGCCCUAGACCUUCGUUUUACUUAGCCUGAGCUUGCACUUCCACGUCCCCAUUACGAGAUCUCGGAUCACUACCCCUCCGGCUAGUUGUGACCCCAUCCUUUCUUUUUCCUUCGAGCGUCCCUUUUCUCCCUCGCCGAUCCUCUCUACGUGCCCCCUCUCUGCGAUCCUCUCCUUCCUUCCCUUCCUCCCUCCCUCCUUCCUUUCCUUCCUUCGCUUUACGCCCACGCGCGAUAAGGGGCCUCGAACAAUGGAUGGGUUAUUACUAGGGGGGAAACACGCAGGACUACCAGCUCACCGUCCCUGUGUCGCCACGCAACUGUACAGUGCUCCGAGCUCUUGCACUCUCCGUUUUAUUUCAUGCAAACCGUUCAUACCGCCGGUUUUAUAUCGUUUUCCCUUCGGUCAGAGAGAGGGUGUCUCUCGUGUUUGGUUUACUUUGGUUUACGUCGUGCUUUCGAGUGGACACCGGUGGAUGGGUGAUAUUCUUGUUUUUACGGAGGGAGUUUUAAGAGAGUUGGGGGAGGGAGGGAGGCAGUUUGGUCUAGCAGGAAAAUGUCACGAGUCGAGUAACAUUUAUUUUAGCCGCUACGUUUACCGACCACGCGUACGUCUGAGAAGGGAUUAAACGUGAAAUUGAAUUUUGCACGGCUCUCUGUGAAAAGUUAAUUGUGCGCUGUUGCGCGACACGAGGCAGAUAUUAUUUUAUUAAUUCCCUCGCGUUCGUAUUAUUCGCCGGAUCGAGAACGCUUCGAAGUUUUUAAAUUAUUAUUAGUAAAAAUAAAAAAGGAGAAAUCAUUGCACAUCGAUAACUUUUUCGAAUUGGAUUAUUCCUUGAAUUGAUUCGCAAAGAAUUAGGUUAGUGAAAAUAUAUGGAAAAUUAACAAGCAUUUUUAUCCGUUGACAAAAAUUUAUAUAUUUCGCGAGAGGCAGAAAUUUAAUCAAAGUAAAUCAGAAACAAUUAUCUCGCGAAGAGGCGUGAAAUGGGAUAUCGAGGCGUGGUCAGGUGCGAAGUUGGAAAUGGCGCGAAUCUCGAAUGAAAGGGAGGAUUUAAGCGCAAAUCUGGCGUCCGGAUGACGAGCGGAUGGUGGAAAAUCUUGGGAGUGGUGCUAAACCGAGUGUCGAUAUUAAUACCAAAAUCCGUAUUAAGAAGGAGGAGACCGACCUCGUUUCUGGCGCUCGAAAAUCGCCUCCGCAACGUGCUCGAGAAGUCGAAAAUUUAACCGGUCCUCACGAAGCCGAAAUCUCUUGGCAAGGAGAAAUAACAUUUCGGGAAACUUGUUACGACCGAAAACAUGUUUCGCCAACUUAUCGCGUGAUUACGUUUCUUCGGUGUAGGGUCUGCCAUCAUUCCGUCCUGGAUUGUGGAUUCUAAAAUUUCGAAAUUUUUCUGUUUAUUGUGAAAGAUUGUGACAAAUAUUUGCUUUGUUGCGAAAUUUUCUAACCCGCAAAUGUAUAUACACAGUAUAGAAUAUUCGAUCCUGUUUCACUAUUACUGAUAAAUAUAUUAUAGAUUUUUAUACGAUUAAAAACUAUUGUGUAAAAUAUCAUAAAACAUCGAGUAUUCAGAAAAUUGAGAAAAUCAGUAACCUAUAGAGAGAUAUUCAGUAACCUAUAUUUUCUUUAACUUUAACUUACGAAAUAAACGAGUUGAUCAAUUAACAAAGUUAUCAAGAUGAUAUACGAUUGAUCGAUAGCAUAUACGAAAAAAAGGGAGCCUCGUAUUAAUUAAACAAAUCGAAUAUUUCCUUCAGCCUUAAUUUCCCCUCGAUCCUAUACGUCAAUCAUCCCCUAAACACACUCUAAAACUAAUCAACGGACAACAAGAAACUUCAUUCGAAUCCAUCCAUCGGUUAAUCAAUUAAUCAAUCACAGGAACCGAGACUAACAACGAGACCGCAGUGACGGAACAGAACGAAACUCCACUUUCCUCGCCAACUUCCAUACGAGUGUACAUGCCAAGAAACUGUUCCCAACCUCCUCAAAAUCGAAGAUUUUCCACUUGGAUGCCCGUUAAUCGAGUCGAAAAAUAAUCGAGAGGAGAUUAGACGAGAGCGAGAGGAGAGGGGAGGGGAAAAAAUCCAAGUUUCCAAGUGGAAAAUCUCGCGCCAACAUCUCUGAGACGAACUGUUCGCGCCAAACUUUCUCCUGCAUUGCGGAGAGGCUAGGACCUGAAAGCUCGGUCUUCUAAUAAACUUGCCGCGAUGCAAAACGUGGAGGAUUCCUUUUCUCUUGUGCACGUGCACGCGUCUGCGCAAUCUCCCCAUCCCGUUUGUAUGUGGCGUAGGGCUUGAUUGUGGCGCAGCGGCGCGGAAGUGCGGAAAUUUUCUGGACAAAAGGAUCCGUGGAGAAUGAGGUCGGCCGGAAUCGGCUUUGCGAACGGGGCGUAAGAAGUUGGGAAUUAAGAGGAAGUUGUAGUCGGAGGGAAAAGGAUGCCGAUCGGUCGAGAGAUAUGGCGCGUCGAUCGCGGCACAACUUGGGGGAUAUUUCAUUUUUCGAUCCUUCCGAUCAGGAAGAUGUUCUUGCAUUGGAAUUAAGGCGAAUUAAGGGUAAGAAGUUUCGUAUGAAAAGAGGAUUUCGUCGAGAGUUAUAUCGCGAUAUGGUUGUUCAAGCAAGAGAAUGUGGUUUGUAUUUCUUAUUGUUUAUCGUAUUUCUUAUGUCUUAAUCGAGUUUAGAUUUCUUUUCUUGGAAUAUGAUAAUGCGUGUUGAUAUAUAUUAUCAACGAUAUUGAAUUUAUCGUGUCAAGAGUAUCUAAUAAUUAUCGCGUUGAUAUAUUAUCAUAUAUUAUAAUUUUCCGCUUCAAAAUCGCGGAUAUAUAUUUAAAUAUUUUAUCGAAUCGUUCCGAUGUGUUUCAUCGUUGAAAUUCGAAAAUCGAUGGUGGAAAAUAUGCGGAUUCGACGCAUUCUCAGCGACUCAAUAUCAAUUCCCGUUUAAAAGCUUUCAAUCAGUUUUAUCAAGUUUUACCGAUUUCGUGCCUUUUGUACGUUACAAUGGAAUCCACCAGCCGUUUCCAUCCUGUGACGUUUACGAAAAGUGGAAACUGUUAAUACGGUUAAGCAUAAUUUCACAUACGCCUGGUUUUGUUUCGGCGUGGCCGUAAAACGCGCAACCCGGCCGAGAAACGAAAUUCUCGUUUAGAGAGGGCACAAAGGGCCAGGUUAGACACAAAAGGCGUAAUCAGAGCUUUGUUCGCGGUCACCAUGGUGAUAUUUAUUUUCAUUGUGCAAUUAUUGCCGUAAAUGUCCAUUCCUAAUGCGAAACGUUGCCGCGUUUAAGUCGGCGAGAAUUUCGCUCACACGCGUGCCGGCUUAUUUUCCUCGUGAAUUUCGCGUAAGCGGAUUCUGUCAAUUUGUUGGUAAAUCGGCGCCGGUUGAACUUUCAUUAUCCCCGUAAUGACGUAAUUGGUUAAAAAUACGGGAGGGAGGGAGAAACGUAGCGUAGAUUUUCGAUCAUAAAUUUUCAUCUCAAUAAUUUGUAAAUUUAUUUCGAAGCAGCAAAAAAUUGAAUCCGAAUUUUGAUACGUUUU